UCAUCAAUACAAAUAAAAUGUCGAUGAGCAGUCACCUGCACCCUACAAACGUCAGCUCCGCCGUCGGCGAGCUGGCCAGCUUGCUGUUUCUUGCACUGUAGCCACCGAAGCCAAGAACCCAAAGCUCACCCACCGCCUACGCGCCAUGAGUUCACCACGGCUGCGAAUCCUCAGCCUCACCCACGUCCUCCCGGACCGAGACCGAGCCGCCGCUUACUCGCCGCCGCCGUCGCUACCGGACGACGGCCUCGUCGAGCUCUCAUUCAUGGAGGUCCUGUUCGUCAACAGGGUCAUGCCGAUGCGGCGCCUCUUCUUCUACGAGGGCCCCGGCGUCCCGGCCUUCCCGUGCCUUGUCCGCUCCCUGCGGUCCUCCCUCGCCGUCGCGCUGGCCCUCUUCCCUCCCCUCUCGGGGAAGCUCGCCCACCGCCCGUCCGCCGCCGCCGGCGACGUCGUCGUGGACUGCUCCCCCGCCGCGGUGUCGUCAGGCGUGAAGUUCGUGGAGGCCGAGUACGGCGGCGGCAUCGAAGACAUGCGCCGGGUGGCCGGCGGCGGCAGCGACGAGGGAGAUAGGGAGGCGUUGGCGGAGCUCGGGCCCGAGCUCGACGCGACGCGGCUGCCGGCGCCCGUGCUCGCCGUGCAGGUCACGAGGCCGGCCGUCGGGCGCGCGGCGGUGGUCGCGGUGGCCCUCCACCACGCCGUGGCGGACGGGCACUCCGCGUGGCAGUUCAUGAGGGCGUGGGCAGCCCUGUCGCGGAUGGAGGUCUCGCCGUCGCGGGCCGGGGCGGACCUCGCGCCGCCGGCGUUUGACCGGACGCCACUUCGGUACCCCGAAGCCGAUGAGCUUGCCCGCAAGAUCCUGCGUACAGUUGCGCCGGCGCUGCCCGUGAUCAGCUCGUCGUCUUCGUGCUUGCCACCAGACUGUUUGAGGAGAACCUUUCUGAUCCACGCUGGUGAGAUCCAAUUAGUGAAGCAGCACAUACGGGCACAGAGCCAGACCACCGGCGAGCAGGCGGACAAGCCUCCAAGCACCUACCUCGCCGUGUCGUCGCUGGUGUGGACAUCCGUCGCUCGCGCCAAGUUCCGGGACCUCGCCGGCGGCGACGCCAACUUCCUGGUGCCCGUGGACUUCCGCCGCCGCCUGGGCUCUCCCAUCGACGAGCGCUACUUCGGGGACUGCGUCGUGCCGUGCGUCGCCAGGGCCGCCGUCCGUGACCUGCUCGACGGCGGCGGUGCCGGGCUCGCCCGCGCCGCCGCGGCCAUCCGCGACGCCAUCCGCGUGCAGCCCGAGUGCCCGGUGCGCGCCAUGGAGGCCUGGCUCGAGUCCCUGCGCACGGUUCCGAGGGUCAGGGAGAGGUUCACGUUCACUGGGUCGUCGAACAGGUUCAUGGCGUACGAGACGGACUUCGGGUGGGGCGCGCCGUCCCGGGUGGAGCUCUUGUCGCUCUUCGCCAUGGAGCUCGUCCUUCUGCUCGGCGCCCAGGACGGCGGCGUGCAGGUCACCGCCACGCUCCGUCCGGAGCACAUGGAGGCGUUCGCAUCCAACCUCGGAAGGUUCUCAGGACGAGGGGACGGCCGUCGGUUGCGGAUUGGACGGCCCUAAGCUGCCUUGGGCGUGGACGGUAAAUGACCAUCCCGGACGCUAAGGGUGUGUUUUGUUGGUUGUAUUAUUUGAUUCAUGUAUGAAAUGAUUCUUUUAUUUGGUUAGGUGAUUUGUAUUCAGGAUGAGAUCAUCCCAUUUAAUAUAUUAUUCUAUUAAUUAGAGCGAA